GACGCCUAUGUCAACCUUAAAGAUUUCCGAAACGCCAUAAAAUACCUUGAAAUAUACCUCAAACGCUCGAAAGAAGUGGGAGACAGGGCAAGCGAAGGAAAAGCGUACGAUAAUCUUGGCACUACCUAUAACGGUCUUGGAGAUUUCCAGAAAGCCAUAGAGUACCAUGAACGAGGCCUCAAAAUUUUGAAAGAAGUGGGAGACAAGGCAGGAGAAGGAAAAGCGUACUGUAAUCUUGGCAACGCCCAUCACAGUCUUGGAGAUUUCCAGAAAGCCAUAGAGUACCAUGAACGAGGCCUCAAAAUUUUGAAAGAAGUGGGAGACAGGGCAGCAGAAGGAAUAGCGUGCAGUAGACUUGGCAACACCUAUCGCAGUCUUGGAGAUUUCCAGAAAGCCAUAGAGUACCAUGAACGACGACUCAAAAUUUCGAAAGAAGUGGGAGACAAGGCAGGAGAAGGAAAAGCGUACCGUAAUCUUGGCAAUGCCUAUCACAGUCUUGGGGAUGUCCAGAAAGCCAUAGAGUACCAUAAACGACAACUCAAAAUUUCGAAAGAAGUGGGAGACAGGGCAGGAGAAGGAAUAGCGUACAGUGAUCUUGGCAACACCUAUUGCAGUCUUAGAGAUUUCCAGAAAGCCAUAGGGUACCAUGAAAGACAACUCAAAAUUUCGAAAGAAGUGGGAGACAGGGCAGGAGAAGGAACAGCGUACUGUAAUCUUGGCUUCGCCUAUCAAAGUCUUGGAGAUUUCCAGAAAGCAAUAGAGUACCAUGAACGAGGCCUCAAAAUUUUGAAAGAAGUGGGAGACAGGGCAGGAGAAGGAAAAGCGAACGGUAAUCUUGGCGUCGCCUAUAAAAAUCUUGGAGAUUUCCAGAAAGCCAUGAGUACCAUGAGCGACACCUUAAAUUUUCGAAAGAAGUGGGAGACAGGGAAGGAGUACGAAUGACGUACAGUGGUCUUGGCAACACCUAUUGCAGUCUUGGAGAUUUCCAGAAAUCCAUAGAGUACCAUGAGCGACACCUCAAAAUUUCGAAAGAAGUGGGAGACAGGGCAGGAGAAGGAAAAGCUUACGGUAAUCUUGGCAAAGCCUAUGACUGUCUUGGAGAUUUGCAGAAAGCCAUAGAGUACAAUGAAGGGCACCUCAAAAUUUCGAAAGAAGUGGGAGACAGGGCAGGAGAAGGAAUAGCGUGCGGUAAUCUUGGCAACGCCUAUUACAGUCUUGGAGAUUUCGAGAGAGCCAUAGAGUACCAUGAACGAGACCUCAAAAUUUCGAAAGAAGCGGGAGACAGGGCAGGAGAAGGAAAAGCGUACGGUAAUCUUGGCAACGCCUAUGACAGUCUUGGAGAUUUCCAGAAAGCCAUAGAGUACCAUGAACGAGGCCUCAAAAUUUCGAAAGAAGUGGGAGACAGGGCAGGAGAAGGAAUAGCGUACGGUAAUCUUGGCAGCACCUAUGACAAUAUCGGAGAUUUCCAGAAAGCCGUUCACUAUUAUAAAAACAGUGUUAUUGCCUUCGACCAUAUCAGGGGAAAUCUUAUAUCUGAUGACGAAUGGAAGAUUAGCCUUGGGAGUACCUAUGAUGCUAUUUAUUUGAGGCUAUGGGGGCUGCAGUUUAAACAAGGUAAAGUCGUCGAGGCACUUUUAACUGCCGAUCAUGGACGUGCCCAAGCCUUAAAUGAUCUUCUGGAGUUCAAGUAUGGGUUCAAAAGGUUACGUCCAGAAAUAGGAACACUCUCUGCAACAACACCUGACAUUCUUAGUUACCUUCCAUCAAAUACAGCUUUCAUAGGUAUCAACGAGGGAGGAAUAGUUCUCUGGCUCAACGAGAAAGGAAAAGAAAUCAAAACUAGAAGAAUUCAGAUCGAUAUGCCUGUUUCAACCUAUUUUCAGUCUCUAUUGGAGACUGCACAUGAAAAAAUAGGUGUGAGAGCUGAUGUUAACUGUGAAGAUCGCUCACUAAGGAACCGAAGCGAUAAAAAGUUAGCAGAAGAAAGAUCCAGUAAGCCAAGGUCUCAUUCCUCAUCUUUUGAGACAAUGUCAUUACAAACAUUUUACAAUGUUGUUAUUGAUCCUAUAAGAGACUUACUCCAUAGCGAUGAGGUUGUGAUUGUUCCACAAGGAUCUCUGUGUUUGGCGCCUUAUGCAGCUUUCAUGGACUUGAAAUCAAAGUACCUCUGCGAAAGUUUUAGAAUUCGUCUGCUUCCCUCACUUUCUAGUCUGCGAUUAAUCCAAAACUGUCCAGCAGAUUGGCACAGCAAGACUGGUGCUCUUCUAGUCGGCGAUCCGUGGGUACAGGAGGUAGUUUAUGAAGAAAUGAGGCUAGAGCAGUUAGAGUGGGCCGAAAAGGAAGUGCAAAUGAUCGGGGAAAUACUUCAAACUGUACCUCUCGUUGGAAAGCAGGCAACAAAAGAUGAAGUUUUGAGACGUAUCUCCUCGGUUGCUUUGGUGCACAUUGCUGCUCACGGUAAAAUGGAGACAGGAGAAAUUACCUUGGCCCCAAACGCAAAAAGGCAGUCCCAGAUUUUAGACAAAGAGGACUAUCUCUUAACUAUGAAAGAUGUUUUAAAGGCGCAGAUUAGGGCAAGACUUGUUGUACUUAGUUGUUGUCAUAGCGCAAGGGGAGAAGUCAAAUCAGAGGGUGUGGUCGGCAUCGCACGGGCAUUUUUGGGUGCUGGUGCUCGUUCUGUUCUGGUGUCCCUGUGGGCGAUCGACGACGAAGCUACAAUGGAAUUCAUGAAGUUUUUCUACCAACAAUUAGUCCAUGGACGAAGUGCCAGUGAGGCCCUGAAUAAAGCCAUGAAAUCCAUGCGAGAAUCUGAGCGCUUUAGCGCAGUGAAGUACUGGGCGCCGUUUGUGCUCAUUGGUGAUGACGUAACGCUUGAGUUUGAAGGCAGCGAUUAA